AUGUCACAACCACUACUACUAAAGGAAUUGAGGGAGACUGUCUUCGAAUACAUGGACCCUAGUUUUCGAUUCCACCUCUCCCUACACCUGCCUUCUCUCCGUUCUGUCGAAAAAAGAGCUCAUCUGAAAAUCAACAAACUGAUUUUGAAUGAUAACGAAAUCACCGUCAACAAGACUACAUAUAAACUCAGCAUCGAUCGAAAAUAUGAAAUCGAGAAACCUCCGUUGAGAAGAAAUGGUCCCGUAGAUCAUGAUGUGGAUGAAUUCGGAUUUAAAACAUUUACAAAGGAUAUAAUAAUGAAUGGAGAUGUUCGUAUGGAAAAUCACGGUAAUUACGAUGUAAAUACAUUAAGAAGAAUGAGUUUGAGAGAUGAGGAAUCGGUUCCGAUGAAGACGUUGGAAAAGAAGGGGAUACCUAAAUCCAAGUCUACCUUAAAAUUGACAAUCACCUCUGGAAAUGGCGAGCCAUGGAUUUAUACAUGCUCAAAAAUUACAAAAAUUUAUGAGGGAAUGAAAAUGCUAAUAGCCACGAUGUUCGGGAAUCGAACUGUUAUUUGGGAUGUGGAUUUCAUGAUUAUAUCAACUAAGAACCUUCGUUGGAUUGUGUCUGGAGUGAAGCCGUUUGUUCGAAAAAUGAAGCUUGGCUGCUAUCGUUUUGCCAAUUUGGAUGGUCUUCGAUCGAUAUGUCACGAAACAAGUUUUCCCUUAAAUUGGCUAUGUUUCGAAGCGAGCGAUAUAAUCUUGGGUCACGAAAUUCUUGUAAACGCGGAGUAUCUCGUUGUCGGCUCGCAACUUUAUAAUUAUGACUCCAUGGAUCUACUCAUGAAGAUUUCAAACUUAAAAGUUCGACUCCCUCCGAUUUCUCUAAACACUUUUGCUCAUUUAAUGGAUCUUUGGCUGGAACAUGGAAGGCCAGUUGGGACGAAUUGGUCUUUUCGAGUUAAAGGAUCAGAACUAUCUGAAUACAUAUCUACUCUAAGAGAGAUUGCUCAAGCGAUAGAGUCAGAUCGUAGAUUCAUCAAAAUGCCAAUGAGUCCAUCCUCCAUACUAUCCGUCUCCUAUGAUGAUCCGAUACUCCAUGGUGCUAUUAACAGACAAGAGAUGAUCUGGACAGUGAAAAUGGAAGUGCUCCAACGAUAA